CGCACUCACGGCAGCUUCAUAUGACACAGUGCAGACCUGCGGAUUUCCAAACACCUAUGUGCUGUUUUUUUCACUUUCUUACAUAAAAAGAAACUCUUUCUACAUUUAGAAAUGAUUUAACACAUUUUUUAAAUUUUUAUCCCGGGACUUGCGGGAUGUGGGCGACUUUUGAACUUUAGAUGCUCGGAUGGUUUCAGGAGCGCUUCCAAGUGCGCAAAAACGUGCCUACUGCCAUUCAACCGACUGAUGCCCCCCUCUCUGUCUGAGUCGCAGUGAAUCAUGUCACGCCGGAAGCAGAAGCGACCCCAGCAUUUAGUUAACGCGGAUCCGGGGGGCCCAAGGCUGCUAUCUCAGGAUGAUCACCUGGGUAUGAAGUCACCAUCCACAUCUCUUGGCUCAGAAGUGACCUCAUCAGGGUCCUCCUCAUCAUCCCCCAAUUCUCUCCAAGACUGCCAGCCACCUCUGGCCCCUCGCCCAUCCCCUGGUGGGCUCCACGCGCCCUCCUUGCCCAGCGAGAGCUCGCCUCCUCCCCACUGGCCCAGCCACAUCGCCCCCUUUACCAUCUCCCUCCCAAACACCCACUCUUCGCUCUCCCCAGACUUUCCUCACCCCUCGCUGUCAUCCCAGACUCACUCACCUCCUCCCCUGGGUCAAACCUCAGGUUCCCACAGCCUGUCCCACCAAGGAAAUUCUCACUCCAUCAUGACCUCCCCACCGAUAGGCAGCUCAGCCACCACUACUACCUCCUUCUCUUCCUCCUCCUCUUCCUCUUCUCAGUGUGUGCCGCCUCACCGUGACAGCUCCAGUCCAGGUCAUCAGCAGGCCUCCAGCUCUCCGGGGCAGCAUGGACAGAUCCAGGUGUCACCAACCCUGGCAGUACUCUUAGAGGAGCUGAGGGUUUUACAGCAGAGGCAAAUCCACCAGAUGCAGAUAACAGAGGAGAUCUGUAGGCACGUUCUCAGGCUUGGCGGCGCGGUCUUUGGCCAAGAUAAUAACACACAGGCCAAUGGUGCAGACAGCAACCAGAAGACCACAGGAGCAGCAUCUUCGUCACCAACACACCCCUCCACUGCCACACCAGUAAGCACAGCCUCAUCUCUUUUGACUGGUUUUCCAUCUUCCCUCUUCCCCCAGCCAUCUGUCUCCAAAUCAGGUGCUUCACAUGUCAAGGGCAGCAGAGCUCCAUGCUCCUCUACCUCUUCCUCAUCUAUUUCAUCCACUAUCAGCUCCUCUGUUGCCUCCCUACACCCUCUGUCCUUGUCACUGGGCCUACCACCGCGCUACCUCCAUGAGAAAUCAUCCAACACCUCUUCAUUUGGUCAUAGCAAUGGUAUCAGUUUCCCCACCCCUCCCCUUCCUACCACCAGCCAUUCCCAGGAACUACAGCCCAGCUCCUCCCUGGGCUCUGCCUCCUCAUCAGGACGUCCUCAACAUGCGUGCCGUUUUUGUGGCAAGGUGUUAAGCAGUGAUUCAUCACUCCAGAUCCAUCUGAGGUCACAUACAGGUGAAAGGCCCUACCAGUGUCCAGUCUGCUUGAGCCGUUUUACAACCAGGGGGAACCUCAAAGCCCAUUUCCUGCGACACAGAGAGCAGAACCCAGAGCUGUCCCUCUCCCUGCUGCCCCCAGCACUGUCAGAGCAAACACAGAGUGCUCCUGCUCCCAUCCAGAGAAGGAGAAAACGGCGGGCUGAUGAUGAUGAGCCAUUUAAUGGAGUGAAAGGAAGUAUUCCCGGGAUGACAGAGAACAUGGCAUUAGGAUUCUUGUCUGGUGCGUCCACUCGGCCCUCGCCUUCCUCUCUACCUCUGCCCCCCUCGGUGGACAUGGCGUUGCUGUCCACAGCCCAUUCACUGCUUCAGCUUAACAGAGCCUCGGCUGCAGCUGCUGCCAGCGCAUCUAGCACUGGGCUGCCUUCCUCUUCAUCCUCGUCUUCCUCCUCUGCCAUGGGCAGCCAGUUCAAAGGAGCGAAGCAGCAGCGAUUUGAUGAAAACACACCUCCACACUCCUCCCUCCAUACAACCUCCCCAUACUCCCAACUGGCCCACCUGCCUAAGAUUCUCUUCCCUGGAGGUACAUCCCCUCAUCACCUUGCACUUCUCCGGCCCCCAGGCCACCCAUCCGCCUCCCACCUUACUUCGCAUCAUCAGCUACCCUUCCCCUUUCCACCUUUUCCCAAACCAUCAACUUCCUCCCCCUCUUCAUCUUCGCCAACCACCUCUACCCAGACCUCGGACACCUCCAAGUUGCAGCGCCUGGUACAGAAACUUGAAAGGCGGCCACAGGGAGGUGCCUCUUCUUCCUCUGCCUCUUCACAAUCACCUGCUGAAGCAAAUGGGGACACACAUGGCCAUGACUUGUCCACCACCUCCAGUGCCUAUCGCAGGGAAAUGUUGGCUGCUCUUGGCCUGAGCCCAAGUGCCAAUGCUGUUGGACUAAUGACCAGCCAGGGAGUCUUAGGUUCUGGCACUACAACUACCACGACUACCCAUUCUCUGCCUACCGCCCAGGCUGCUAAUCAGUGUGGAGUGUGUCUGCGUGUCCUCAGCUGCCCCAGAGCUCUGCGUUUGCACCAGGCCACACAUCUGGGAGAGCGGCCAUUCCCCUGUAAGCUGUGUGGUCGUUCCUUCUCCACUAAGGGCAGCCUCAGAGCCCACCUGGCAACUCACCGUGCAAGACCGGCCAACUCCCGUGCCUUGAACUCCUGCCCAUUAUGCCCACGCAAGUUCACCAAUGCCUUGGUUCUUCAGCACCAUAUCCGCUUGCACCUAGGAGGACAAAUACCACCUGACGAAGAUAUGCCUUCUGAAGACACAGCAGAAAUGGAGAAUGCUGUCAUGUAUGAUCAGAUGCCAUCUAUAGCCCAACAACUUCUUCCUCUGGCCUUAACAAAAAGCUCCAAGUCUCCAAUUGAUGCUCUCAACUCAGGUUCCACUAUUAAGAAAUCCACAGCUGUUGAGACCACUUCUGUGAAGACAGAGGAAUCAGAGAGCUCAACACCCAGUGUUAGCCCACCCCUGACCCGUAAUCCUCCCUCAGUGGGAGCCGAGGACCCCCUGCGUCUGGGAGACAACACCCUAGCUGAUGGCAGCCCCGUGAAUGGCUCCAUAUACUCUGAGGAGGAGACACAUGCUGACCUGGGCAGCACCAGCCCUUUCAAAGCACCCUUACCUAGUUCUCAUUCAACUGUAGUGAAUGGAGACGCAGAGGCAGAUGACACCCCUCUAUCCCUCUGUGUUUCAAAGCCUGGAGUAGAAAAUGAUACGCUGCAUACUGGGGUUAAUAAUGACGAAGCCUGCUCCACAGACAAACCCACCACAAGUCCUGAUUCUAACCCCAAACCCCCAGCUGCAAAUCCCUCACCUGCACUCACACCACCAGCCAGCCCCAAAGCUAUCGCUGAAGCACAAGAGGCCUGUGGCAGUGUACCACAGGAGGCACAAGAGAGAGAUGCUGCUCAAAGCAAAGUCAAGAGUGAGACCACCACACCCAUAGAGCAUUUGCCAGUGUUGGACCCAGAGCCAGAGAAGGAUGCUCCAAUGGAGGAGGGUUACAGUGUGCAAGAAAAGCCUUCAGAGGACCCAGAGCCCCCUGUCCCAGCACCGAACACCCAGCCUCCUCGCCCUGACAAACCCUACAGCUGCUCCCAGUGUGGAAAGGCAUACGCCAGCCGUAGUGGACUUAAGGGCCAUAUGAAAACUCACCCUGGAGCAUUGACCAAUACCCCCUCCAAGGCUCAAACCAAUGACACUGACAUUGUGGAGGAUCACAGCUCACAUUCGGCCAAUAAGAAGCCGGGACAGCAGGAGGAAAAGCAAGGAUUGGCUAAAUCCUCUGAGAAAGAUGACAGCACAGAUCCUCUACCAAUCAGUGUUGUUCCUAGUGUGGCGGGCGAGUCUAUGGACACUACUGUGUAGAGUUAGUAUCGUUAAGUGGCUGCAGUCAGUCUUUAAAAAAGGGUCCUGACAAGGGAAUGUAUUUUUUUAAUAGAAAGAGAUUUGUUUUCUAGAGUUAUUAAUUCAAAUUCAUGUUUACCUUUGGUAUUAGGCAGAUAGAUCUAGUUUGUAUUGUAGUAACAUUGCAAGAGAUUUGUGAAUGUAGUACUUUAGCUAUGUAUUUUUGUAUUUCAAAGACCACAGUGAGGCCUUAUCUUACACACUUCACAGAAUUGUCACAAUGAGAAUUAAUUGUUUGCGCUUUCUUUGCUGACACCUAUUUCAGCACAUACUGUAUAAGCUGAUUUGAAUAAGAGGGACGAUCCAGCAUUCUACAAGAUGAACUCCAUACCAAAACAGGCCAAAUUAGUAAUGGCCGAUGUUUGUAAAUAUAAGCUGCGGUUACAUUUUAUGCCUUUUUAUUGUUACAUUCUCUUUCCUUUUUUUAAUGCCAUGCUGCUGAAUGCAUGUUUCUGAUGUGCUGAGUUGCACUGUGAGUUGCACUGUGUCCUGUGCUGCCGAAACAUCUUAAAAAAACCCGUUAUUAAUGAUUACCACGAUGAUAAUGAUGGCGAUGAUUGUGUUAGAUUAUCAGUACUUUUGUGAACACUCCCUGUACUUAUAGCUGUAACAUUACCUUAUUCAUACUGAUGAUUGUAAGUUUUUUCUUGUUGUUGAUGCUAUUUGAAGGGUCAAACCAACAAGGAUGAGCCCUGUUUGUUAUAAUUCUCCCUCUUCUUUCCUUUCCCCCCCUCUUCCCCCUGCUCUCCUCUCUCAAAGCACUUGAGAGUUUUAUGCUCCUGCAGAAACUGUCUGCACUCACUGCAUUCCUGCUUUGCCCAGUUUAGUAUUUGUAUGCUUUGUAAACUCUUCUUUGUAGCAAUGACAAAAUACGUUCCCAUGCCUUCCAUGUGAUG